AUGGGUUGUGGGGAGGAUGAAGCUCCCGAGUGCUACCCCAGCGGAUAUCGGACCUUGCGGAACCCGUACAGGAGCGUCGACUUUGACUCGACGGAGCUCCAGAACACUGCCAUCCAGGACCUGAUAUGUGACCACUCCCUUCCGGCGGCAUGGUACCGCUUCACCAUCAACAACAAGCCAGCCGAGAUGCCCACCAGUUGUGUGGAGAUGAACCGCUGUGGGACGCAGGCCCCGGUGUGGCUCUCCCUGCAGGACAGCGCUCUGCCCCAGCCCGGGGAGGUGCGCCAGCUCUCGGCCUGCGCCACCUGGCAGUUCUUCCACGGCAGCACCAAGGACUGCUGCCUCUUCCGCAUCCCCGUGUCGGUGCGCAACUGCGGAGACUUCCUCCUGUAUUUCCUGCAGCCCACUCAAGGGUGCAUGGGGUACUGUGCUAAAGCCGCCGUGUCCCCGCUCACCUCCAAGCCAGUGGUCAGCCCAGAGCUCAUCGGCAGCAGUGUCCACCUGAGGUGCUCCUUCCACGGGGGGACAUCCAGCCUGCCGGUCGGCUACCUGGUGGCCUGGCACCGGCUCUCCCCUUCCGGCGGCGCCAGGGAGGAGGUGCGCAGGGAGUCCACCCUCAAGCUCUUCUCCCUUGUGGAGAUGGACGGCGUCCACUUCAGGCUGGGAGAAACGUUCUUCCCAGAGUCGCUGCACAUCAGGGAAGACGGCAAGGAGCACCAGGUGUCCGUCCACAGCACCGUCCCCAUCCCGUGUCACGGAGCCGGCCAGAGCCACCAGUGCAAGGUCACCCUCACCGUCAACGUCCAUGACCAAGACAGCCGAGUCCAGGAGGCCCCCAACGUGGCUCUGUCGUCGUGCCAGCUGGAGCUGUUGCCCACCACGUGCGGGCCGGACGGUUGUGCCCAGGGCACCCUGCUGCUCACCGCCACCACCGACUUCACCCGCGACGGGAACCGGGCCAGUCUGGUCACGCCGCAGCCCACGCGAGGCAGUCCGAGACCCUGGCGCAGCUACAGACCCGACCCGCUGAAGGUCAUGGUUCAGGACGUUCCCACCGCCACCUGCUACUCCCUGACUGAUCCACACAUCAUUACGUUUGAUGGCAGGCGGUAUGAUAACCACCAGACAGGCACGUUUGUGCUCUACCGAAGUCUGAGCCGGGUCUUCGAGGUGCAGUCGCGGCAGUGGGACUGCGGAAGCCGCCAUUACGCCGUGGCCUGCAAUUGUGGGGUGGCGGUCCGCGAGGGCAACGACCUGGUGACCUUUGACAUGUGCAACGGGCAGCUGCAGGAGACCAGGCCACACAUGUCCAUCAAGAGCCUGUCCAAAACCACGCCCCCACAGGUCAAAAUCCAUGAGUCUCACCAGGGGAGGAAAGUCACGGUGCUGUUUCCGUCGGGGGCGUUUGUGCGCGCCGACGUGAGUGACUGGGGAAUGAGCCUGGCGGUCAGGGCGCCGGGGUCGGACCUCAACGGCACCCGCGGCCUCUGCGGAACCUUCGACCGGAACAGCCACAACGACCUGCACGCCGCCGACGGAACCCCCCUCAGCAAGAGCGCAGACCUCCAGCAGUUCAUCCACACCUGGAGGAUAGCACCUGGGGAGAGCUUAUUUGACAGCGUGCCGCCGGCGCUGGAGGGCGAGAGCGAGAGCGAGAGGAAUUUCUGCCGCUGUCAGAGGGGCUUCGCCGCGUCGUCGGUCCGCGGGGCGAGCGCGGCCGACUUCCUGUUCAACCACGUCCCGUCGUCCGUCUGUCAGGACCGCGACGGCGUGGAUUACACGUCGCUCUUCCCGUUCCGAGACGCCACGGCGGACUACGUGCACGGUCACGACGACGCCGGGCACAGGCCGAGCGUCCGCAAGCGGCACGCGUCCGCUACGUCAGCAGACUCGGCCGCUAACUCAGGCAAAGAUGGCGCCCGGGCGCAGAAGGAGAAGGAGCGGCCUGUUGCGGCCAGUUUGUCGUCCGGCGACACAGACUCGGCUCAGCCACCCGGCUCGACGGGUCAAAGGUCGACGGCGAACGAUCGUAGGGGAAAGAGGCAGAGCCUCUACGACUUCCCCCCGAGCGCUAGCCGCCACCACCACCAGCACCACCAGGGCCCGGCCCACUCCGCGGAGUUCCAGCCCAUCCUGGCGUUCCCGAGCCUGAGCCAGCUGGACCUGGACAGCCUGGCCUACUUCUUCCCGGAGGACCACGCGUCGCCGGAGGAGCGGGCGGCGCCGGAGCCCGUGUGGCCCACGCCCAGCGGGCUCACCUCGGCCAAGGCGCUGGAGCUGUGCCAGGCGGCGCUGGCCGACUCCUCGGUGGGCGUGGCGUGCCGCGGGCUGCUGGACCGCCGGCUGGACGAGGCCGUGGACCUGUGCAUCCAGGACCUGCAGCUGAAGGACGACCUGGCCUGGGAGCACGCGCUGCUGCCCUUCCUGGAGAACGAGUGCGAGCGGCGCCUGCUGCGGAACCGGACUCAGCGAGCCCUGCAGCUCGGCGGCGGCGGUGGCGAUGUGGUCACUGCCCUGCGAUGCCCGAACCUCUGCAGCGGCAACGGGCAGUGCACGGAGUCAGGGUGCCAAUGCCACCCUGGGCACAGCCGCUACGACUGCAGCAUACCCAUCGGUCAGAUGGUAGAGGUGACAGACCUGGAGAACAGUGGCCUUUGUGACUUCAGGGCGUUUGAGUGCAGCAGCGUGCGAGUCUUUGGCCUGGGCUUCCUCGACUCACCCAACCUCAGCUGCCACGCCACCAAACUCAUGUACGUGAACGGAGAGUGGAUUCCUGGGGAGAAGACGCUGACCAAGGCCACGUUCCUGAGCUCCAAGGCCGUGGACUGUGACGUUCCGGCCCUCACCAGCAUGGCCGACGACUCCAUCGACUUCACCAUGGACGACAGGCCGUACGCCAGGUGGAAGAUUCAGGUCACAAAUGAUGGCAGCCAGUACAGUGAGCCAAAGGUGUUGACCCUGUAUGAUGGGGUGUGUCAGCAGUGUUCUCCCUCCCCCUCUGGCCUCUGCAAAUUGAAGGAGAAGACGUGUAAUAUCGAGGGCAUGUGUUUCCGUGAGGGCGAUGCCAACCCCACCAGCCCGUGUCUGCUGUGUAAUCCCGCCGCCUCCAAGUUCACCUGGUCUCUCAACGAAGUUAAUCAGGCGCCGAGCUUCCACGAGCCGGUGUCGGGCCUGCGCACCUUUGUGGGGGAGAACUUUGUGUACCAGCUGACGGCGUCGGACCCCGAGGGCUCGGCCCUGCUCUUCCUGCUGGAGGGGGGCCCUGCCCAGGCCUCGCUCUCCCCGGCCGGCCUCCUCAUCUGGAAAGUGCAUUCGGACGAGACGCAGACCUUCAGAUUUACGGUGUCGGACGAGUGCAACGCGCAGAGCAGCGACACCGUGCAGAGAAUCACCGUGUUAAUUAGGCACGGCCACUACGGCACCCCUGCCAUCCUGCUACCAGUCACGCCAUGGGGCAACACCUGCCACCACUAUCCCCCGGUUCCCUCGCCGUGCUCCAGCAGGCCCUGUUACCCCGGCGUCCAGUGCAUCGACCUGCGCCCGCCCUACGUGGGCUACGUCUGCGGACGCUGCCCACCUGGUUACCAUGGCAACGGGCGCGUCUGCACCAAGCAUCCCCGAGCAGCUGGUCCGUCCCAGUCCAAGGCCAGCAGGUCCGGCCCGGUCCCGGUCCACAGCCGAGCUCCUCAGCUCCACCUGCCCUCCGUGCCCUUCCGGAGCCCCCACCGCCACCUCUCGCUGUCCCAGCCGCCGGCGCAGACACGCACACACACACACUCGCACACCACCAGCAACCGCUUCUCGGUGCAGCCGGACGUGCAGCCGGACGCCGGGGCUGGGAGUCGGAGGGAGUCUCGGGCCGGAGCCAGCGUCACUGGCUAUUCUUCUUCAGUAUCUCAGAGCGGUGCUGUUGUUGGGAAAGCAACAUCAGCAGCAGCGGAGAGCGUCAAAGUGACCCCCCCGCACUCCAGGUCCCCCGAAAUCCGCCCCCCCCCGCCGCAGCACCAACGGCCCCCGGCGCUGCUGGUAGCCCCGGGAGGGGCGCGCGCGUGGACCCCCGCCCAGCACCGUCCGCAGACGGCCGCGCUGACCGCCCUCUCCUUCUCCUUCUCCGAGGCCGAGUACUCGGCGGACGGGGCGACUGCGGACGUAGACGCCGACCCGCAGCCCGUGUUCCCCUUCACCACGCCGGCCAGACGCACGUACCGACCCUCCUCCUCCUCCGCCUCGGACGCGACGAAGCCUCGCCACAGCACCCCGCCGCGCGUCAGCGGCAUCAGCCUCAUGGGCCGCCGCGACCAGGAGCCCGGCUCCGAGCCGGACCUGGGGCUGGACUUCGCCCCGCUGACCUGCGACGACGCGCCGUGCUACCCCGGCGUCCCCUGCUUCCACCGGCCGAGCGGAGGCUUCCGCUGUGGCCGCUGUCCGGUCAACUACAUCGGGGACGGACGAUCCUGCCGAGCUGUGUGCAGGCACCCCUGCGGUAGGAACAUGGAGUGUGCCGCCCCCAACACCUGCCGCUGCAAGCCAGGAUAUACAGGCCCCAACUGUCAAACAGCUAUCUGCGGUCCAGGCUGCCGUAACGGCGGCACGUGCGUGGCCCCUGGCGUGUGUGGCUGUGCCAAAGGCUACCACGGCGAGAGCUGCGAGGAAGCGCUCUGCAGUGUGCCAUGCCAGCACGGUGGGACCUGUGUGGGUAGAGACAGCUGCUCCUGCCCGUACGGCUUCGUGGGGCCCAGAUGUGAGACCAUGGUGUGCAGCCGUCACUGUCAUAACGGCGGGGAGUGUGUGUCACCUGACGAGUGCCUCUGCAUGCCUGGAUGGACAGGACCCUCCUGUGAGACAGCCUUGUGUGAGCCGGUGUGUCUAAACGGGGGUACCUGUCUGCGCCCCAACACCUGCAGCUGCCCCCACGGCUUCUAUGGCUCCCAGUGCCAGAACGCUGUGUGCAACCCUCCCUGUAAGAAUGGUGGCCGCUGCAUUCGCAACAACGUCUGCACCUGUCUGGAGGGGUACACUGGAAACCGCUGUGAGAGAAGUGUGUGUGAGCCGGGCUGCAUGAAUGGCGGGAGGUGUGUCGGCCCAGAUGUGUGUGACUGCCCCUCUGGCUGGAGAGGGAGGCGCUGCGAUAAACCCAAGUGCCUGCAGAAGUGUCUGAACGGCGGCGAGUGUGCCGGGCCCAAUACCUGCCUGUGCAGCGCCGGGUGGCAGGGCACACUGUGCCAAGUCCCCAUCUGCGAGCAGAAGUGUCUGUACGGGAGUCGCUGCGUCCGGCCCAAUUACUGCGCCUGCAGAUACGGCUAUGAAGGGACUGGCUGUGCCAGGAAGCUGCCGUUGGUCCGAGGCGGCUGAAGAGGUGACCACUGUGAAGAGAGCCUUCGGCUCAGCCUGCUGGGCCCUCCGGACUCUGCUGGACAUCAUGUGAACUCUCACAGCGCGCCGCGCCCCAGCCUGUACAUAUCCAUAUAGCCAAAGAUGAUAAUUUAUACAUGAGGGUAUAGUAUCGAUAUGCAAUGAAUUUGUAAUGAGAUUAUGUUGUCUGAGAAGAAGGCCCAGAUUGAUUUAUUCAAGUCUGUCUGUCUGGUUCUUUCAUUUCCUGCUAUCUGGUAUUGCAUUGGCACUUGUGUGAUUCUGUUUGAAUGCUGUUUAACUGGUGGAGGUGUUGCCUGUGAUUUCUGACGGGUGUCAUCAUGUUGUCACCUGCAAUGGCCAGGCUUCCUCGUCAGGUGUCAACCGUUCUCUGUGAUUCUGUGUAGCAGAUGUGUGGCCUGAAAGUGAUGCUUUCAUAUCAGUGACUGAGUGGAGGGUGAGGAAAUGGUUACCCCUCAACAACAACAACAACAACAAAAAGAGCAUCAAAAACAGCCACAAAAACAGGCCUCCAUCCUAGCUGACAGCAGCCACCCACAAAAAUGCCUACUAUCAGUCUUCCUCGAGAACACACACGCACACACACACACACACACACACACACACACACACACACACACACACACACACACACACACACACACACACACACACAGUUUUAUGUGACAGUUUCAGUGGAAGGGAAGAAGCGACGAGAAAAGAGAGGGGAGCGAUAAAGACGUUGUUUGUGUGUGGACUGGCGCAGAGCAACACUAUCAGUUUUUUCGGGACUGUCGCGACUCUCUCUUUCUCGGGUGCCAGCACACUCGUGUUCAUCCAGAACAAACAAACCACACAAACAAGCACGCAAACAAACAGUCGGAGCAAUUAACUUUUACAGACGUCUCAUUACCGUGCUAUCUGUGCCAGAGUGUCGAGGCGGUCUGGGGACGCAUACCUAAUCCCACUGCAGUUUUGUAUUUACAAAUCGAUAGCGUCCUUUCUUCAUGCUCAAGAUUUGUGGAAAGCAUUGCAAAAUGGUGCUUUGAAUUUUUAACUUAUUGGUUGUGUGAUAUUUUAUACUCUUGUACUGUAUAUAAAAAAAACCUGGAUGUAUGCUUCAUUAUUUCCUAAUAAAAUUAAAUAAUGGCCAA